UCCUCCUCCUCCUCCUCCUCCUCCUCCUUCUCCUCCCUCGGCAUCUCCUCUCAAUCGCCCUUCUCCUGCCGCUGGCGUCUCCUCCAUACCGCCUAGAACCGGUAAUACCUUGAGGCAUCUCCAUCAUGUCGUCACGGAAGAAGGUCUUGUUGAAGGUGAUCAUCUUGGGUGAUAGCGGUGUCGGUAAAACGAGUUUGAUGAACCAAUAUGUCAACAAGAAAUUCAGCGCGAGCUACAAGGCCACAAUUGGCGCCGAUUUCCUCACCAAGGAGGUCUUGGUGGACGACCGUCUGGUGACGAUGCAGAUCUGGGAUACCGCGGGACAGGAGCGCUUCCAGUCCUUGGGGGUCGCUUUCUACCGAGGUGCCGACUGCUGCGUGCUGGUAUACGAUGUGAACAAUUCCAAGAGUUUCGAGGCGCUGGACAGCUGGCGCGAUGAGUUUUUGAUCCAGGCUAGUCCUCGGGAUCCGGAGAAUUUCCCUUUCGUGGUGAUUGGUAACAAGAUCGAUGCGGAGGAAAGCCGACGGAUGAUCUCCUCCAAGCGGGCGAUGACCUUCUGCCAGUCGAAAGGCAACAUUCCCUAUUUCGAGACCAGCGCCAAGGAGGCGAUCAACGUGGAGCAGGCCUUUGAGGUCAUCGCCCGAAGCGCUCUGGCCCAAGAAGAAGCCGAAGAGUUCAGCGGGGAGUUCAGCGACCCGAUCAACAUCCACCUGGACGGGGACCGCGACGGUUGCGCCUGUUAAAUACCCCUAAUCGCUAGACCAUGAUUUUGGAACGAUACUACAACUCUGUCUUAACUUUGAAGAAACGCUGCGCUUCGGCUGGUUUGGUUUGGUUUGGUUUGCGGACUACGAACUUCCUGCUUGUUGUCUCCCUCGCACCUGUAUAUACAUUGCGGGUGCCCUUGAUGUAUCACGCUCCUGUCUUUUUGCCGGUUUGUUGCUCGCAUGGGGUGUUAUUGAUUGAUGGUUAAUGAUGAUUUGUCUUUGUGUGUGUGUGUGUGUGUGUCUCGUACUGUAGGAGUCUGAGGGGAAAUUCACACUGUUACACUACUAGUGCAGUUACUCACGCCGUCGCGUGCUUAUCGAGGUUA